AUGGGCUCAAUCUGCGAUCCCAUCGUUACAGCGAUGGAGAAUAAUCGUGCUGCGAGCAGUGCCAUCGCUCUUGCUGCCGAGACAGAUUGUUCUGCCCUCAAUUACCUUUCCCUUCCCAUCGUCUUCGCCCGAGCACAAGGUGCUGAUGUCUGGGAUCCCGAAGGCAAACACUAUCUCGACUUCCAUGCCGCGUCGACAGCCUUGAACCACGGUCACUGCCACCCGAAGUUGGUUGCCACGUUAAUCGAUCAAGCGCAACGACUUACCCUCACUUCUCGAGCAUUUCACAACGAUGUAUGGCCCGUGUUCGCAACAUAUGCUACAAAGAAGUUUGGCUAUCAAAGAAUAUUGCCCUCGAGCACAGGGGCGGAGGCAGCGGAGACGGCGAUUAAAGUGGCUCGGAAGUGGGCAUACAAGGUGAAGGGCGUGCCUCUUGAUCAGGCUAUCGUUCUUGGUGCUGCUGGGAACCAUCAUGGUCGAACGAUUGCUACUGUAUCCCUAGCAUCGGAUCAGAUGUCACGAGAAAACUAUGGCCCUCUGGUCCCAAACAUAAGCUGCUACAUCCCGGGCAGCACCCAGAUCAUCGAGUACAACGACAAGACUGCUUUAAGAAAAGCUUUCAAAGCAGCUGGCCCCUCUCUCGCUGCCUUUUUUGUUGAGCCUAUUCAAGGGGAUGCAGGAGUCAUCGUAGCAGACGACGAGUAUCUACAAGAGGCCCGUGCGCUUUGCGACGAACACAAUGCUCUUCUGGUCUGCGACGAGAUACAGACUGGCAUUGGAAGGACCGGGAGACUACUCGGUCACUACUGGAGUGGUAUACGACCGGAUAUGGUUUUGCUGGGCAAAACGAUGACUGGAGGUAUGUAUCCUGCGUCAUGCGUUCUGGCAGAUGACGAGAUUCUGCUCAGCGUUGAGCCUGGCACGCAUGGUUCUACAUAUGGUGGUAAUCCGCUGGGUGCUGCGAUUGCCAUGCGUGCCCUUCAGGUCUUAGAUGAAGACCACUUGGUCGAGCGUGCAGACCGUCUUGGAAAUGUUGUGCGAGCCGGGCUCCGAAAGAUCCAGGCACGAAAUCCCAUAAUACAAACAGUACGCGGCAGAGGACUCUUAAAUGCCUUCGUAAUUGACCAGACGAAGACGAAUGGCCACACUGGCAUCGAGUUGUGUGAGCUUAUGACGAGUAAAGGACUCUUGCUCAAGUCCAGUCGUACAGGUAUUAUACGGAUAUCACCGCCGCUGGUCGUCACCGACGAGCAGAUUGAGAGGGCUCUGGGGAUGAUCAGCGAGUGCAUCGACGAGCUACCACAUCUACCGUGA